CCGGGUCCGAUCACUGGUUUUUGUUUAGCUAUACAGCAAAGUAGUGACAGCACGAUCCUAUCGUUGUAUUCUCCACUGUUGAAUAAUUGUAUAGGGCAAUAACAUUCAGUGAAAAAAAAUGCAAAAAUGGAUCGAAGAAGCUCUAUUUAAGGACUCGUCUGCUACCCUGGGAUGGGUUGCAUUCCUUAGUGGUCAAAAUGGAGAACAACGGGGUCGACGAGGUGGAAAAUUUGAAGACAAAGUUCUUGUCAGCGUGGCACAAUGUGAAAUACAGUUGGGUUCUGAAAUCAAAGACCUCUUUCAGUAGAAAUUCCCCGGUGUUCCUUCUAGGAAAAUGUUACCACUUUAAGGCUGAAGAUGAUGACAGUGUUACAGAAGCCUGUUGUGAGGCCUCUGAUGAGGAUGUUGUCAUGGGGAAUGUGGAGGCGUUUCGGAGGGACUUCACAUCCCGUGUGUGGCUGACCUACAGGGAGGAAUUACCUCCCCUGCCCGGCUCCAACCUUACCUCCGACUGUGGCUGGGGCUGCAUGCUGAGGGCUGGGCAGAUGAUGCUGGCUCAGGCUCUUAUUCUGCACUUCUUGGGCCGAGGCUGGACCUGGUCGGAGGCGCUGACCCUCCAGCCCUUAGACACAGAAACGUGGACCACCACUGCAGCCAAGCGCCUUGUGGCCUCCCUGGAAGCUUCUCUGCAGGGCUACCAGCGGCCCCCAGUCUCUGGGCCUUUGCCCCAGGUCCAAAUCCAGGGAGCUGCUGAGGAGGCAGAUGCCCACCUCAAAGAAGUGUACCACCACACAGUGGUGUCCUGGUUUGGAGACAGCCCCUCGGCCCAGCUAGGUCUCCACAGGCUGGUUCGCGUAGGCCUCACACUGGGAAAGCAGGCAGGGGACUGGUAUGGACCCGCUGUCAUGGCUCAUAUCUUAAAGAAAGCUGUAGAGGAGUCAACGGACCCUGGCUUGGCGGGCAUAACUGCUUAUGUCUCCCAAGACUGCACAGUGUAUAACGGGGAUGUUGUGGAUAGCCACCGGGCGCCGGGGGCGAGCCAGUCCUGUGCCGGGAGAUCAGAUGCCUUUUUCCCGCUCAACAACCAAACAUCAGACUCUGCUGUGUCAGAUAGCCGAGCUGUCAUCAUCCUCAUCCCCGUGAGGCUGGGUGGAGAGAAGACCAACCCCGAGUACUUCAACCUUGUAAAGAGCGUACUGAGUCUGGAGUACUGCAUUGGCAUCAUCGGAGGGAAGCCCAAACAGGCCUGCUACUUCGUAGGAUUUCAAGAUGACAGCUUGAUUUACAUGGACCCUCAUUACUGUCAGUCUUUUGUGGAUGUCAGCACUAGCGAUUUCCCUCUCCAGCCGUUUCACUGCCCAUCGCCAAAGAAGAUCCCCUUCAGCAAAAUGGAUCCAAGCUGCGCCAUAGGUUUCUACUCCAGGAGUGUGCAAGACUAUGAGAGGAUCAGCAAAGAGCUGUCUAAGGUGUUGCAGCCAUCAGUGAGGGAGAAAUACCCAGCGUUCACUUUAAUGCAGGGUCAUGGCAGAGAUUAUGACCUUUCUGCAGGACUGACCCCAGAGAAGAGAGAAUGGCCUUUUAUCCGCAACACAAGGAAAGCAUCUGUCAUUGCUGGGGACUUUGUGCUGCUCUAACAGGAUGUCGGCGUCUGAGACCACAGACGGAGGACUUCAUCUUUUAAAGAACUAAGAGACGAUGCAGCCGAAGUGCUCAAUAUCUCAAAGGCCAGUGUCUGAAAAUAAACUGACAUAGAGGGACUUGGAACUUGUCAAGCCUCCAUUGAAAAAGUGAACACAUCUUAGAAAUCAGUAAUUUUAGUCAUUUUGAUGCAAUGUGAGCUUGUUGGACAUUCUGUGAGGCAGGUCCGCAUCCUGGAAUAUUUAUAUGUCUAUAUGCCCAUUUAGGUGCAUAAAUAGGAACGUUUGUCAUUUUUGCAGAAUUAUUCUUUUUAACCAUGGGGACUGAAGGCAGAGUAUUGAUGAGACACCCGUGACUCGAGGGUGCCAGGAUCCAGGACGAGUUUGUCCUUUGAGAUGAUAAUGAAUAAAGUCAGUCUCGAGUGGAUUAGGCUAGAAUCCAAGCUCGGUUCCCAAACUUUGUAAAGCCAGCGUUUUCCAUGCUGCAGAGCAGUGCUAAGUUAAGUGCGUUAUCGUUUAUUAACCCAGGGCUGAAGACCUAAUUAGACCUGGACUGAAACGGCUGUGGUUAGUCGGAGGCUAGGUGCACCGUGGAAUGAGGGUUGGUUGUUACGAGUUAAGGACUUCUUGUUCCUCUGUAGAGAGAGCGGGCGGAGAAAACUUUGCCUGCAGAAAUCCAAGAGCAUUUCAUCGAAGCGGCUUGAUUCACUACCCAUCUCGGUCACCUCAACACCCGAACUCUGCAGACCCGGAAAGACACUGUUUAAAUAAAUCUGCCAGCAUUUCCUCAUGCUCAAGCUAGAGUUCAUUUCUUUCUCUUGGCAAUAAUGAUAAUAAUAAUAAUAGUGAUGAUGAUAAUAAUAAGUUGAUGAUGAUGAAGAUGAAAUGACUGCUGGAGUAUCUGCCUUUGCGUGUUUUUAUGUGCACUGUAGCACAAAAAGACCAGUGAUGAGUGGAGAUCCAUUUAAAUGUGUAUAAUAUACAUUUCCCCUGGAAGUAGGGUAUCUUGGCUGAGAAUAAUGUCUACGUUUCUACUGUAUCACACAUACACACACGCACACACACUACAUACAGUACAUGGAUAUAUGCACUGCCAGAUAGAAAACAUUGUGAGGUGAAAUAUUUUGAAAGCACAUUUCCAUUUCAUUUCAUCUGUGGUGUUUCCACCAAAUUAUGAAGUAUUUAUUAUUGAGUACUGUUUUUUUUUUCUUCUUCACAUGUUGCAUUAUUCAGACAUUUCCAAUUUUGUCAUAUUUUGCCAGUGACACUCAUACUGUAAACAAUGCUACACUUUCAACAUGAUUACCAUUUGCUUUUACAUAGGACUCUGUUUAAGUGCCCUUGUUGAAAAAAAAAGUGCCAUAGGCGACACGUUCAUGUACUAUUACUGGAUUAUCGGCUGCGAUUGUUUACAAGUGUGUAUAUCAGGAAGCCUUUUACGUGUGUGGCGAUUGAUUCCUUGACCAUCAGCUCCGUUACGAUCACCAUUCUGUUUGUGUUGCUGAACUCGGAAAAGAUUAAUUUCACCGAUUUGAAAUAUCUAAAAAAAAAAUAUAUAUAUAUAUAUAUGUAUAUUUUUACACUGCUGUGCAACAAAAGUAAAUAAAGCCAAAAACGUUUGAA